GACAGGAUGCGCUUGACUUUGACAUGUCUGGUGAUGGUUGCGUAGACAAUUGUGGGAAUCUCAUUUCUUGCCGGGGUGCGGUGAACGGCACCUCAUCCAAACACUUAUCUCGCGGAAACGAGAUCUCCUCAGUAAUUCUUGGAGACAAGGAACUCUACUGCACGGAGUCGCCCGAUAGCUUGGACAGUGUGGAAAAUCCCGCCCUUUCUAAACUUCAAGGUGCCUUGGACGGGUUCUGCGCUGAGGAGGGGAGGCGCGCCUGCGGACAAGGACUGAAUGCCUACUGCAAUGCCGACAUGUUCGCGCGUUUCGACGUGGGAACCGCGAGCCAGCAGAAUAAGGAAUGGCGCUGUUAUGUAAAGGAAUCUCUAGAUUUCGGCAUGUCCGGUGAGGGUUGUGUGGACGAUUGUGGUAACGUCACAUCUUGCCUUGGUGCGGUGAACGGUACCUCCACUACACACCUCACUCGGGAUGCUCAAGUUAGAGAACUCAUUCAGAAAAAGAAAUCUGUAGGGUGCACACAGCAAGGAGAAACAGGGAGUGAGGCCCCAGCUCCAGGGCGAGAGCCAGAGGUUCCUGCAGGAGUACCGGGCACCGAAACGGCUGGCAAGGGUCUGAAGGUCCCUCCAAGGGUCCCAGGUACUGGACACCUACAGCAUGUUCUUGAUUCCCAGUGUAUGGUGGAGGUUGCCAAACUCUGUAUAGCUGACGAAAGCAAGUGUGAUUACGCCGUGGCCCGUAGGGUUGGCUCGAGAUGGGAUUGUUACCUGUAUGGUGCACUUGAUGAUUCUCAUUCAACUGAUGCUUGUACAGACGACUGUGGCAAUGCAAUAACUUGCCCUGGUGUUCCGAAGGCUGGAGAUACCAGCGUCACAGAAAAUUCUGAUCUCAAUGCAAUGGCCCAACAGUUCUCAGAAGCCACAUGCAAAAUGAGCGAAAAGCAGGAGUUGAGGGGGAUCCACGCUCAUCAACAAUGA